GCGUAGAACACGCUAUCUCCGUUUAAACGCUGUACAGUCGGCUUAUUCCGCGAGUGAAUAUAUCUGCGCAGUAACGGCUUGCGUCCUCCCGAAGCCUCGCGCCAAAAGCGGCCGACGAGCGGCUGGAAAAUUCGAAAUGCACGUGUCGCUGUAUCGGAUCAAGGCUGUUUCGAAUUUUCGAGUCGGCUUCGCCGUCCCGGCGCCGACGGCAAGCGGCGUCUCAACGUGGCGGAGCUGUUGACAGUUGUCUUGCGUUAUUAUUACGGCGUGGCAGAUAAUAGCGUAUCGCUCAAGCUCAAGGCCGUUCGCGAUCGUUCGCCGCGUUAGCGGCAGACGGCGCAUUUAUAAGACCAGGUUGCGGCGCGUUUCCGCGCACGAGUCCUCAACGUGCGAGUGCCGAUCGUUAUCGCGAGUCGUCGCGUCUCGGAAGGAAAGAAAGAAAAAAAAAAGAAGAAACAAGCGAGACCGUGAAUUUUCACCUGAGAAUCGAUUCACGGAUAGGAGCCGCAUUUUUCCCGGGAAAAUUUCUUCACCGAGAAAUCGCCGGCUUCUUCGAAUAGACGGCGGAAGAGCGAUCUUGAGCGAGCGAAGCUCGCGCUAACUCGGAGCGCGCGGUGAAAAAUCUCUUCAUCUUCCUUCGGUGUGUUCCUCAAAAGUAACAACGGGCAGAUCGAAGAGCUCGGCGCUUCCCGAGAGUCAGUGUCGUGCUGGGCCGUUCGAGUGAUCAGACAGUGCUCGGACAGAAGGACGUUUUUUACCUGCGAAGCGCGGUAACACCGGCGAGGAAUUGAAAUUGAAGAAUGGGGAGGCCGUGGGCGAUUCUGUUGCUCGCGAUAGUUGCGAUCAGCCGGCCGCCGGUGGAGGGUAAAAUUCUGUCGCAAUGUGACGCCGUGAGGGAGCUGCAGCGAGCUAAGAUCAGCAGGAGCAUGAUGAGCAACUGGAUCUGCCUGAUGCAGAGCGAAAGCGGACUGGACACGAGCCGGAUGACCGGGCCGAAAACAGCCUCCAGUUACUCCUUCGGCAUCCUCCAGAUCAACAGCUUAAAGUGGUGCACCAGGGGACGCGUGGGCGGACUGUGCAACGCUCGCUGCGAGGACUUCAUGAAUGACGAUAUACAGGACGACAUCGCGUGCGCCAAGAAGAUCUACAAUAGGGACGGAUUCAAGGCGUGGGACGGCUGGACGAAGAAGUGCAAGAACAAGCCGCUGCCGAACAUCGGGAACUGCAGGCGCAGGAGGAGGAUGGCGGACAUUGUGGUCGCGCCGACGGGAUCCGUUCCAUACUCUGGAAGGAAAAGUAUAUGAGAAAUAAAAAAAACGAUUUAUUCGAUAUUUUCCCUCGCGGUGUACGAACGCGGAGUCAUGUAGCUAUCCGAGAGACAUCAUCGAACAAUACGGCGCAUACUUAAUCGAUUGAUUGUAUUGUAAAAUAAAUAAAUGUUAUACAUGUGUACAUUUCAAUUCAA